AACCAGAACCCUUUGCAUCAUGCAUCGUCGGUAUAUGCUAGCGCAUGUACAUGUAUCUAGUCAAAAGAACAUUCAAAAUGGCAGCGCCUAGAACUUCAAGGCCGCACCUUGGACGGAAAGAAGACGAAAUGGACGAAAGAAAAAUGAUGGAAGAAGAAAUGAACAGGUUUGAGCAGGAGAUUCAGACCGGUCAAGAUGAGGAGGAGGCUGAUCUCCAAGGCUCCGCCUCCCCUGGACCUCCCAUGGUACCACCUGGGAUACCCCAAGCCCUCUCUGUCCUUGGCACACCUGAUCCUAACCUCAUGAACCUACGCUUUCCAGCCCCGCCUGAAAUAACCCCUCCUGCCCCUCAACCGAUGACCACGCCUGCUCCUUCCGAGCCACCCAGCCUUCAUCCACCGACCCCAGGUGGUGCCCCACUGAGGUUUGCCGUGCUGCCCCCUCCCCCUCCCCCAGGAACCAUUCCCACAUCCACCCCCCUAGAGCCCCCAAGCUCCUAUCAGCAGCCUCCCAGUACCGAAGGUCAGAGGUUACCAGUGCCAGGUCAGAUGUCGUCACAGCCCUUUCCACCAGGGGUUCAACAAGUUGUUGCUGAGGCACAACCAUUGCCUCCAAGGCCUGCAUUUGUACCCCAUUCAGUCCGCGCACGCGCCCCAGUUCCAGCACACCGCCCCCCUAUGAACCCCAUGCAUCGACCUCAAAUGCCCCAUCACCCAGUCCCACCUUUCAUAAACUCCUUACCAAGACCUCGUGGUCCUAUGAACUUUCCUGCCAUGCACCACCCCGGUGGGCCCCCACAGGGACCCCCUCCAGGCCCCAUGUUGCCCCCUGGCUAUCCUAUGAUGCCACCACGGCCAAUGAGAAUGGCGCAGCCUUCACCAACAGUCAUCCAAGCCAAGCCAGUCAAAUUCAGCCAAACCAAAAAGGAAGAAAAGACUGACAGGCCAUCGGGAACUCCAAAAGUGGAAUCUGUCACAAUUUCACAGCAAGCAUAUAAGGUGCAAAGCCCUGCAUUUACCCAGCCUGCUGCAGCCAGCCAGCUACCUGGCAUGUAUGCAGCAACAGCAGCGGUAGCGCAGCCUGCAGCAGUUGACUACAGCACCAUGGCACAGCAACAACAGCAACAUCAGAAUGCAGAGGCUGUCGCCGGCACCUCCACAGCAGAGCAAAAGAAGAAGGAGAAAAAGAAGAAGUUUAUACGGACUGCAGCUAGCACCGUCUGGGAAGAUGAUAGUUUAGCUGAAUGGGAUUCAAAUGACUUUAGGAUCUUCUGUGGUGACCUUGGCAAUGAAGUAACAGAAGACCUUUUGGCUAAAGUCUUUGGCAGAUACCCAUCAUUUCUCAAAGCAAAGGUUGUUAGAGACAAGCGCACAAGCAAGACUAAAGGUUAUGGCUUUGUCAGCUUCAAGGAUCCUAAUGACUUUGUACAGGCAAUGCGGGAAUGGAACGGGAAGUAUGUUGGUAACAGGCCCAUCAAACUAAGGAAGAGCACUUGGAAAGAUCGCAACAUGGACACUUACAGGAAGAAACAGAAGGAGAAACAAAAACUAGGACUGAGAUGAUGAAUUUGCUAGACACUAAAGUCAAUGUAUAAACAGUGUAGUUAUCAGAGAUGUACUGCACAGUACGUAUUGUGAGUCUGUUACAAGACCAUUACAAGUCCAGACCAGCCACAAGCAGUAUCAUAUUGUAUUUAGUUGUUGAGUUUUCGGGGGGGGGCAAAUAAAUUUUUUUCCCCUUGGAAUGAUUGUCCAAAUUUUUCAUCUUUCACCGAAUCACUAUCAGAAAAGGCAGUACUUUUUCUCAAGUUUGGCAUUUUAAUUUUUCCUUGAAAAAUGGCAAUUUUCCCCUAGAGGUAGGGAGGUUCCCUGCCCCCACUCAACUUGAUAUGCCACUGAUCACGAGCUGUUUGAAUGAAUUUGACAGAAGAGUCUGUUUUGUUUUCCAAUUUCCAACGGUUACUCUCUUGAUCAAUUCGGGAUCGACCUGACUACAACGCUGCCUUUGUGGAUUAGACUUGAUGUAUUGUCAGGCACCCGGACUUCUUCAAAACUUCAAGAUUGAAGGCAUUUUUUAACCUGUGACGUGACUCAGAGCUGUGUUUCCCAUGUAAGACAUUCUCGGCAUUAAUAGUUUGGCCACGUUUUCCCAGUGCAUUUUCUAUAGAUUGUUUCCUUUGGUGUCGUCACGCUGUUGUCCAAGAACUCGCGCUACCUAUGCUAAGUCUGCCACAGCAACUUCUGUGUGUGUUUAAAGGGUGUGAGCGCGCCCUUGACGACAGCCCAUAUGAUGCAGGAUAUGGGCGGAGAGCACCCCCCCCGCCUUUGUGUUGGUUAUUGUUUGAUCAGAAUCUUAGGAAUUCUUUACAGACAUCUAGGGGGAUGUGUUAGGUAACAAUAGUCUGGAGUGUGUAUAGGGAUUGGGUAUUUGGGGGGUACCCAUCGGCCUCACAUCGUCCGCGGUAUCCGACAGUGGCACUAAAGACACCAGGCCAUGGUAGAGUAGACUUCAUAGCCAAGAUCAAAGUCAAGGUACCAAACAUCCUUGAAGUGUUGUUCACAAAGGAAGUAUUGAAUGUACCCCUAGAGCUUAGCAGUGGACCUGUUGAAUAACAUUACUGAAAAUUAAGUACAGGCUUUGGAUAUCACAGUCGGACAGAGCUGUUAUCUGGAAACCAUUGUCGGCCAUCAAGGAUUCAAAUCUAGAUUCUCGAAGUUGUACCGACAUUAGUCAUGCUGAACAAGUAUAGGCCUGCAUGUAUUUGAAACAAAAUCAAGAAGUCGUUACAACGUAUUUUAAUGGCAAAUCUGAAUAAAGAUUUCUUGACUGUUGACUGCUUAUUUUGAA